CAAUGGCCCAGUUCUACUAGAGCAGAAAUUAUGGCAGUAUUGACAUGCCUUAUAGUUUGUCCGCCUAAUAGUUUAAUUAAUAUUUUUACAGAUAGUCAAUGCACGAUCGAUACUUUUACAUCAUUAUCGAAUUAUAAAUUAACACCAAGACGAAAACAAAAGAUCAAUAACAUUAUUCUCUGGCAGGCUAUUCAACAAAUUAUAGCUGAGUUAAAUUUACAGGUACGAUUCACUAAAGUAAAGGCACAUUCAGGAGUUGAAUAUAACGAUAAAGCCGACAUAUUAGCCAAAGAUGGAUGUGAUUCUAAUAGGAUAAUUUCAAUCUCACCAAAAGGUGUUAAGGCACAAAAAGGUUAUGUCAUGUUUAACAACGAUA